AUGUACACCCAUUCAAACCACAUCCCCCAGCCUCCGCACUCUGCUGGUUUGGACUACAAAGGUUUACGACCACGUAUCGACUAUGCCCAAGUUCCAUCUCCCAUUGACGCGAUUGAAGCUGACCGACACGCAUGGGAGAGCAAGACUUACAUGACCCUACCUGGCACGCAUGCCCCAUUGUGCACCUCUGAUUUCGUUGCUGUUGAUCAAGGCAACUCCUCACCUAAAUUCGUCCGUGUCUCGACAUGGAACAUGCCCAGCACCUCUCGGCUUGCUUCAGACUGCCACAUUCCUAUCGCCGCUCUCUUCCAACCGUUCGCCGACCUUGACCCACGCGAAGAACCGGUACCUCUGAUAGACACGGGAGCUUCGGGACCAGCACGGUGUGCACAGUGCAGGGCAUACAUCAAUCCAUGGUGUACUUGGGUAGCAGGAGGUGUACGAUGGAAAUGUAAUCUUUGUUCUCAUGAAACGGAUGUUUCUUCGGAAUACUUCUGCAACUUAGAUGUCAACAUGAUGCGAUUGGACCAUCUCCAGCGUCCUGAGCUCAAUAAAGGCACUGUGGACUUUGUUGUCACAGCUUCCGAAGAAUACUGGGCGCAAAAUCCUCCUCCACGAAUAAAUCAACCUUUCUUCUCCGUCGAAUCACCUCUCAUGGGAGCAAGGCCGCCAGUAUUCAUGGAUUACGUCUUCGCGUUUGAUGUUUCAAACGAAUCGGUUAUCUCCGGUUUCCUGCAAUCCGCUUGUGAUGCGGUGAAGAAGAUUCUUUACGGUGAAGAGGAUGAAAACGGCGUUUUUUUCCCCGCGUUUUUUCCCCCGUCUAAUCGAAUAGCAAUUGUCACGUUUGAUACCACAUUACAUUUCUACAAUAUCUCCUCAGAAGUAACCCAAAUGCUGGUUGUCGCCGACCUCGACGAAGUUUUUGUGCCUACGAAAGACACAAUAUUCGUCAACCCAUUAGACAACAAGUUUUUCCGCCUUUUUUGUAUUGUGGCCCUGGCUCACCCGCUAUUUUCAGGUCGACGGUGGUGGCGCUUCUGGACUCGAUUCCGACGCGGUUUUCCGAAGGCGUCUCAACCGACUGUGCCCUUGGAUCCGCUAUUCGUGGAGGCCUCGCUUCUCUGGCAGGACGAGGUGGUCACCUAG